ACACAAGCGUUAAAAUACAGGAAACCAACUGAAAGAAGUGUCCUUAUGAAGGACAUAAAAAAAUUGAAAAUUAAAUAUUUUUAAAAAAUUACAUUUCCUUAAAAAGGAUAUUUUUAAUUUUAAAAGUAACUGCUUGGAAAACCUACAAUAACAAUUAUUUAAGAAAAUUAAAAAUUAAAGUUUUUGUGAAAUUCCUUUCUAAGGAUAUUUUUAAUUUUGAACGUAACUGUUUGGAAAACCUACAAUACAAUUAUUUAAGAAAUUAAAUAUUACAGUUUUUGUGAAAUUACGAUUUCAAUUACUUAAGAAAUUGAUAUUAAAAUUUUGCUGAAAUUAACAUUACAAUUUUGGUGAAAUAAUUCGAAAAUAGUGCCACCAUGAGUGAUGAAAAAUCCAAACCCACCUCUGUGCUGCAGCACAUUGAAUCGGCGCUAUAUGUGAUCAACCAGCUGUGCAUAGGCUUUGUGACCAUAUGGGUUAGUUGGACCUGUUUGCGCAAGGACCUUUCGGGAAUUUAUAUCCAUGCCUGGCUGGUGACCUUCGGAUUUGUCUUCCUAAUGGCCGAGGGCAUGAUGUGCUUUUACGAUGGCAGUUGGCUAACACUCCGAUAUUCCCGAAAAUACAAGACUGCCUUCCAUGUGGUUCUUCAGAUCCUGGGAGGCGGCAUGGGCGUGGCCGGCUGUCUGAUCCAGUUAAUACGUGAUGAUUGGGCCAUUAGUGUCACAUUACAUGCCCGCUUGGGUUUUGCCGCUUUCGUCCUGUGCCUGAUCUCAUUACUGAGCGGCUUGGCCGCCUUCCUGGCGAAAUCCCUCAGCCGAACCAUCUCGCCGCUAAUCAACAAGACCUUCCAUGUGGUCCUCAGCUUUGCCGCAUUCGUAAUCGCCAUGAUGGCCCAGUUCUAUGGAUACACGCAAACCGGAAUAUUCAGGGGCCAAGGAGAGGACUUCAUCAUCCUCAUGCAGGUCGUCACUAUGGUCCUAAUGGUCAUAACCAGCAUUGGAGCUAUGAAAUCGCUCUACCAGAAAUUCGGCAGCUUGGCAAGUUAGGAACGGCUGUCGUGAAUCCUACAUCCUGUACAUACUGUAUACUAAUUUAAGAUAGACAAUUUAUUUAUAGCUUAAAUUAAUGUUAAUCCAUACAAAUAUUAUACCAAACAUGUGUUUCAUAACUUUAGUUGGUAGAACUAUAAUUUAAUAAAAUUACAAUUCCUUAAAAAGGAU